AUGUAAUUAUUUGAAAACACACUCCUUAAAUAAAAUCCAUUCCCGAAUUAUAAUACCUAAUCAAAAUAUGUUUAUUUAGCAGAAGCAUUAUGUGAGCUUCUUUUGGAAGAAUUAGACUCUAAUAUUGGAUAUAUAAUGCACCCUGAAAAAGUUUAUUUAAUGUACAAAUCAAACUUGAAAUGGGGAUAAGGUUAAAUUUAUUUAGAAAGAAUGCAUUUUCAAAGGGAUAAAUACAUCCUGAAUUAAAAACAUUAUAACCUCAAAAAUUUCGAAACUUCAGGCGCUUUAGAUUGUAUAUCAACUAUUUUCGAAGAAAUGAAUGAAACAGACUAUUCUAAUGGUUUAAAGUCUUAUUUAGCCUCUAGUUUUGAACUCAGAAGGGCUAUAGCGAUUUUAUAAUAAAGAGAAUGGGUUGAAGCUUAGAUUUUUAUGAAGGAAAAUGCUGAAGUUAUCCUCACUGACACUUCUCAUAAGUUAAAUAAAGAAAAUCUAGUCUAUUUUGAUUUAGUUGGGGAUUAUUCUUAAGUUAUUGAUUUGGCUAUAUUUAAAAGCUUAUUUAUUGAAUGUUAAAAAAAUCUUAAUAAAUGGGACGAAUUAUCUGAAUAUGCUGAAAAAACAAACAAUUUAUAAUUUAAUUUUGAAUGUUUAUUUAAUACAUUUAAUAUGGUUGGUUUAAAAAAAUAAUUACAAACAAUCGGCUAGAACUAAAUAAAUUACGAAAACGCCUUAAAAUAUCAUUCUCAUGCUCUUGUAGAAUUCCAAAGAACAACUACUGAUGAUACUCCAAACCAGAAAUGUGAAAUAAUAAAUUCUAUAUCAAUAGCAUUCUUCCAUAUAUUAAAAGAAUGGACAAAACUACCAAAAAAUGUCUAAAAUGCACACACGAAGCAUUUAGUUUAACUAUAAGCCCUUGUAGAAUUAGAGGAAGGGCAAAGAGUAAGAGACAAUCGUGAACAAUAAAAUAAUUUAGGUCUAAUAAUCGAAAACUAAGCUAAAAAUGCAUAAUCUACAAUUAAUUAAUGGAGGGAAAGAAUGCCUCAUAAAUUCGAAAAUUUAACCACUUGGAAAUGCAUUACGGACCAAAGAAACGUAAUAUUAACUUCAAUUUUUAGCAGAUUGAAAACUCGAACGGAAUAAUUCCUUAAAUAAUUGUAAAAAAAUAAUGCUAGAAGAACUAAUUAAAAUCCAGAAGGUUAAACUAGUAUUAAUUCGACAAAUACUAUAGAAAAUUAUAUAGAAUAACUACUUUAAUAUCCGGAUAAAAUCGAAAAAAUACUAGCACCUUAUACUGAUACAAAAUGGAAUACAUUAGUAUUUAUUAAAACUUAGUAAAUAUUUGGAUAUAAUACAAUCGAGAAAAUGCCUAAUAUGGAUGAAAGAUUACAUCCCGAGGAAAUUUAUCUAAGAGCGAAAUUAAUUGCUUCUACUUUUAAAUAUAGUGAAUCAAUUAACAAUAUAAAGUCUUCUAUAGAAUUAAUUGAAAAAUAAGCAUCGUCAAAUUAAUAAGAAGAUUUUAAAAUACACAAAGCUGAUUUAUAUAGAAAAAGAGCUCUUUUAUAAUGGCAAAAUAAUAAAUAUGUAGAAUCAACCGAAGAUAUGUAACAUUCUUUGUAAAUUUGUGAAAAUUAUUACAAAACAUGGAAAAGUUGGUUAGACAUAUGUUUUUAUAAUUAUUUAAAAAGACAAAACUAAGAAUAUUGGAUUCGUAAUGUUUUCUAAUUAAUUCCAAAUGCUUUAAAAUACAAACCUUAUAAAAAUUAAAUGCUUUUUACAUAUAUAUUAUUUAUUUUAACAUUAGAUAAAUAACCUUUUAUUGAUAAUAUAAAGCUCAUUCUUUAAGAAAUUCCAAAACCUUAAAUUUUAUUAUGGAUACCAUCAAUUCUUUCUUAAUUAUAUAAUAAUAACAAAACUGAAGAUUAAGAAUUAAAUUAAAUAUUCUAUAAAAUUUUGGAAGAAAUAAGUCUUAAAUAUCCCCAAUGUAUAUUUUAUUACUUAAGGGCAUUUAUAGACAAUAAAAGCGAAAAUAACAAUAAUAACCUUAAUAAUUAAGAAGGUAUUUAUUACGUUUAAAAAUUAUACUUAAACCUUAAAAACAGCUCCCAUAAUUCAGAUUUAAUUAAAAAAAUGGAAAUAUUCUCAAAAGUAACAACUUAACUAUUUUUAUAAAAUUUCGAAUUUGAAAAUGCACUUCGAGAGCUUAAUAUUAUCUUGGAAGAUUUCCAAUCUCCAAAAGACGAAAACUAAAUAUGGCAAUUGAUAAAUAAAGUUUCUAGUUUCCUUAAAUAAUAUUCAUAAUUAUAUGAUAAUAAUAUUAAUAAGUUUACCUUUUUAACUUAAAAAAGUUCUCUAUAUAGUCUUUUAUCGUAAAUUCGUACAUAAAUAUAUGCCCCUUUACUUAAAUAAUAUUAAGAAACAUACUAAAUAAAUCCCAAUCUAUAAAAAACCGGACAAUCCUUUACUACGGAAUAACUUUUAUUAUUAUCUCUUAAUGUAUAAGAAAUUGAAUUACCUGGAUAAUACAUAAUAUAACCAAACCAAAUAAUAUUUAGAGAUUAUUAACCAUUAAAUCAUGUAACAAUUUCUUCUAUAAAUAAAGGAAUUCGUGUCCAAUUUAAAAGCAGGGGAAUUUCAAGAUAAUUAAUAUUGAAUUGCUCGAAUAAUAAAUAAUACAUAUACGAAAUAUAGCAUGGUGGAGUUCAUUCUAAAAAGAAAGGAGGUGAUAACUUUUAAAAUAAUUAACUCAGAAUCUAAUCUAUAGAACAAGUUCAAAGUAUAAUGAAUAUAAUUUUUAAUUUAAAUAAGGAAACUUUUAUUAGACAUUUAUAAAUUAAAGCGCCUAAAAAAUUUUGUUUGGCCGUUUUUUCUGACAAAAACUACUUUUCUUAAUAUUUAGGGCAUUUAUAAAUUAUGCUAGUGCCUGUUCUUUCUAAAACAGUAAUUUCAAUGUAAGAUAUUUGUGAUGAAAAAACACCCUCGUUAAAUUUCUAAUAAUAUUAAGACACAUUUAAUACUCAUUUAGAAUUAUUGGAUAUAAAUAAUGAUAAAAAUGUAAACUAAAAAAUGAAAUAACUAAUUCCGGAUACAGUCCUAAGUGAUUAUUUACUAUAAAAAACAGGAGAUUUUAUGGACUAUAUUUGUUUAAGAAAAGAAAUAACAUAUAAUUUAAGUACAGCCAUGUUUUAUAAUUAUUUCCUAGGAAAAUCAUUAUCUUUAAGCAAUAUAUUUAUAUGUCAGUAGUCUGGAAAAGCCUAUAUUAAUUACGAAAAUAUAGAAAUAAAUGAAUAAUCUUAAAUUGUUAUCAAAAAUCAUCAUUCAAUAAGAUUAUCUAGAUGCAUUUCUUAAUUUAUAGGUGAUUUAGGUAUUUAAGGUAUAUUAGCUCCUGCUUUUAUUUCUAUGGCGAAAGCACUUACAAGAUAAAU